AUGGACAUUGAACAGCCCAACUACGAUGCAGAACCGGCAUUGAAGAGUAUUUUAGGAUCAUCCAGCUCACUCAACGAUAUAGACGAACUUAUUCAUGCUACAAGAGCCCUGAAAUUCCAACUAGAGGACGAGAUAGUUGCAGGUCUUCCUGAGGAUAAAUCCAACGAUCAGACACUCAAGUCAUCGGAAUUGCUAUCCGAGUUUCAAACACUGCUGGCAGAAGUCGGGCAGAUCACCUCUCUUUCGCAAGCAACCGAGAGAACGAUCUCGCAGCUCACAAAAGACAUUUCUCAAUUAGAUAAUGCCAAACGCAAUCUUUCACGGUCCAUGACAUUCUUCCAGAAUCUUGAGCAGCUCACAGUGUUUUACUUCCAAUGUCGAAAUCUACUCGAAUCUAAAGACUUCAAGGGCAUGCGCCCUUCUUACAAUGUCAUGAGCGGCCUUGUGACGUACUUUCAGGACUACAAAUCUGUGGAAGAAAUUGGUUACAUCGUGGCCAAAGUAUCUCGGCUGCAAACAGAAACCUUGGGCGAAGUAAAGAAGGUUUACCAUGAUCUUCUGACCUCUCGCUCCAUCGCAAAGAAAGACUUCGACGAGUCGAUGCUUAGGGACGGGGCGUGUGCCCUGUUGGAAACCAAUACGGGUGCCAAAGCUAAACUGAUAGACUGGGCUGUUAACAAGCUUCUAUAUGAACUGACAGAAAUAUUUCAAGUUGACGACGAAGCUGGCUCCUUAGAAAACCUUUCCAGACGCUACGUGUACUUCAAGAAGGUUCUGAACAGUUUCAAUUCUGAGCUAGCUCAAACAUUUCCCAAAAAUUGGGAUAUGCCGAUAAAGAUUACGACUAAAUUUUACGCGAUCACCGGAAAGGAUCUGGACAUCUUGCUGAAGCGCGAGCUCGAAGUGAAACCUUCCAUCGACGUAUUUAUGGGAGCGUUGCAGACAACGCUGGAAUUCGAAAAGUACAUUGGCGUGAAGUUCGCCAACCGCUUAAACACCGAAGACAACGUGGAGCGAAUUUCAAAGUCUUUUGAACCUUACCUAGUGCUGUGGAUCCAGCAUCAAGAAUCUCUAAUGAAUUCAAAGAUUCUAAAUUACAUGGCGGAAGACAAGCGUUCUCAGUCAUCGGACUCAUUGGUUCUUCCGUCCAGUGCAGACCUGUUUAGAACGUAUCGGUCACUUCUGUCUCAGACCCUCGAGCUGAUCCAGAGUGGUGAUGGAAGGGACCAAAUGCUUUUUGAGCUGGCAGCUUUUUUCAACACAUGGCUCAAGACCUAUCUGGAGAAGAUUUUACGACCCUUGUUGGUCCCGCCAAAUGCUAGAAUUGAAAAUAAAGAAGAGGCCAUGACCUACACUCUCCUUGUUCUUAAUACUGCUGAUUAUUGCUCGACAACAAUAAGGCAAUUAGAAGACAAAUUGAUUGAGUAUCUAUCCGACGACAAAAAAUUGAACCAACCAUUUGACAAGGUUCAUAUGCAGUACGGAGCGAUCGUAUCGAGUGCGAUGGACCUCUUACUGAACUCUCUAAUAGCACCCGACCUGUCAUUUGCAUGGCGAGAAUUUGAUAACACAGACUGGAAGAGCGUGCAAGUAGAAGAUUACAGUAGGUACACUGUAACACUUCGGGAGAUUCUGAGAGAUGAAAAAUCGAUAAUGCGUAAAACUAUACCUCGUUUUAACCGGGAACUAUACAGCUGGAACUUUAUGGGCAAGGUAAUCGAACUGAUCUGCGACGGCUUUGUAAGCUGUAUUUUCAAGCUUCUAAAACCAAGGCCACCGUUUGCCAACCUGAAUGUUCCCCGUACACUACAAGUAUCGCAAGUUGUGAAUAUUGGUGAACAAUUGCAGCUGGACACAGAAUGUCUCAGACAAGCGCUGAUCCAAUGGGCCGAUGAUUUGGCCGAUAUGAUCAACGGCAGUGAUGCGUCCUCUAAAAGGAUCAAAAAACACAUUGAGCAGAGUUUUGAACAAUUGACAAGUUUCUUGAAAUUGCUGACGGUACCGCUAGACGUUCCUGACAUAUACCAGGAAAAUUACGCUGCAAUCACGGAUAACAAUAGAAACACUUUAUCGUGGUGCUUCGUUUUGGCUCUCAAAGGCCUUCCGUGGGAGCUUGCUAGAUGGAAAGCGCUUCAUCGAGCAUUUCAAGAUACCAAUGACAAGAACGCGGCAGAUUUCCCUCUGUUGCCUUUUUUCGCUCGAUGCAAGCCCAUUGCGCUUCAGUUCCAGUAUGAUUUGACCAGUAUAAAUGACCCUACGUGGCAAAAGUUUGUCCGAGAAGAGCUGAGCUUGACGCCAACAGUUGAAGGAAGUGCUUCAUCUAGCUCAGGUGGGAGGUCGUUAUCGCCAACGCCGCGUCUCGCACCGAGCAAGCUGAAUGGCAAUAUCAAGAAUUUAAUGUCAAAUGCGGGCUUUUUCCACAGAGGGGGGUAA